AUGGGUUCGGCCUCCGCUGCCGCGUCCCGCGCCUGCCGCCCCGCGCUCUGGACCGCCGCCCGCUGCCGGAGCCCCGUCCCCCUGUGGCGCCUCUGCUGGCCCCGGAAUCGGCCCGGCGCGCGCUUUGCGCCCCUCGCCUUCAUUCAGACUGCUGCCAGAGCAGGCCCUGGAGAGGCUUCGGGGUCAGAGAAGGAGCUGCCUGACAAGGCUGACCUGGACUCUUUCCCCCAGGCUGGAAGCAGCCUUCCCGAGCCCUGCCAGAGCUCUGGCGAAGACGAGGACUGGGCGUCAAGUGCAGACGAGGCGGAGAGUCUGAGGCUGUGGAACUCUUUCUGUAACUCCCAGGACCCCUACAACCUUUUGAAUUUCAAGGCUCCGUUUCAAACCGCAGGAAAAUGGCAAGGCCACUGUGACUUGGAAAGCCCACCUGAACCCCUCGUGAGCGUUUCUGAGCGUCACACCUCACUUUCUUAUAAGGUGCAAGAAAGCGGCGGCCCAGACUGGGUGCACUGCCAGCUUCUGUGUGGGGAGAUCCACAGGCAUAGCAAAAGGAAAAAGGUUACCUUUCUCGAAGAAGUUACCGAGUAUUAUGUAAGCGAUGAUGAAGAUCGCAAAGGACCCUGGGAAGAAUUUGCACGGGAUGCAUGCAGAUUCCAGAAGCGAAUACAAGAAACGGAAGCUGCUAUUGGAUAUUGCUUGACAUUUGAGCACAGAGAGAAAAUGCUUAGUAGAUUUCAGGAAACAUGCUUCAGAGGCCUUACUGGGUUCAAGCUGUGUUAGGUGAUUUGAUCGCCCCCAGCCCAGCAGACACUACCUCUUCCUUGAGACGUGUCUUUGACAGACAAAAAUCGGCAGCUGUCCUCUGACAUUCUUUUAAAAGGGAAUGCAACUUGGAUCCAGUAACCUAGUCGAAUAUCCUUUUGCAACACAUGCCACUCAGAAAUAUCCAGGGUCGGAAGAUGCACGUAUGUGAUUAUUUCUGAUCUUCCCCUGCUGCAGGCGUUUCUUUCAUGAGGUCAUGGCUGUGGCUUUGAGUGCAGUUUGCUUGUUGAGCUGAGAAGGGGACCUUGUACAUUAUGAUUUUUGCACUUUCAAAACUUACUUUCUUGGGAAACAAUAUUUAUAGGGCUCAAAGCCCAUUUGCAGUUCUAAUUUAAAUUAUGUGCACCUGUCUUCCCAGCAUUCUGAAAGUAGUAAGACUUGUGUUUCCUCUGUAUUUUUUAUUUCUGGGAUUGGGUCCUUCUCCCUGAAGGCUAAGAAAAUAAUCUUGUCUAUGCUACCGACUAAAAGUAUGUAAUCUGGUGUCACUGUUUCUUUAGGAAAGCGUCACUUUUCUGCCAACUGUUUGUGUCUAACGUACUUAAUUUCUGUGCUGACUGCUCGGUAGAGGGGUUUCUGUGUGUGUUAGUGUAGUUCCCAGUUGAAAGCGGUUUUUUGAAUCUUUCAACAGGAAGAAAUUGUUGUGUAAAAAGACUCCAGGAAGUAAUCAUCGCAUCGUGGACAUUGCUUUUUUUAAACACAAGAACCUAGAGUCUGCGUAGGAAGAAAACAGGAGACAUGUCAGAGCAACUUGGUUUUGUUGUAUAUCCUCAACAAAAAAAAAAAGGAAGGAAAACUAAACAGUGUUAUUAAUUGCAUGCCUCAGCACUGUCACUUUUAAAACCUGUCAGGGUGACACUGUACACUUGGGAAUGGGCAGUUCUGAAUUUUCCAGUUUAACAUGUCAAAAUAUAGACCUGGUCACUGCCCCGAGUUUAUUAUUAUUUUCCACUAUAUUCAUGGGAGAAGUAACGGCAAGGCCUGGCUCCUCUCAGCAAAGGGUAGAAAGUAGAUGAAACGCCUAGAAAGUAACUGUCUUAGCCCAGUUUCCUUUUGCAUCACCAUGUGCAGUGACUGGUUGUGCUUGGUUUAUUAGCUCCGUGUGGCCUGCAUCUGUCAGGGUGCGGGACUACCACCCAACUUGUUCUUGUGAGUAGAGUAGAUGCCUCUGAACUUGGGACUUGUCUGGGAGUGCAGUUUUCAUCAGAAGCGCUUACAGGGUUACUACCUCAGUGCAUAAUCUACCUGGUCAUUACUUUCUAUCUGGUGUGCUCUAACCUGCCUCUAGUGUUAACACACGUGUCCACACAGACACACACUGAGAGGGCAACACUACAACCGACAGUGGGUCAUGUUUCGGCAGAGCCCUUCUCAUUCGGUGCGCCUCCCCUCCAGGUGAUGACAGGCCUGCAGCCAGAGUCUGGGCUGAUGCCGUGGAGACAGGCUGGUUUCAAGUACCAGCCAUGCCCACUGGAAAGCAGACAUCAUUUUUCCUGAGGAGUGGGGGGAUAUUUUCCUUAAACAUUAAGGGUGGUUUUGUUUAUUUUUGUUGCUUUUUUGACUAGCAUACCUUUUAUUUAUUUCUAAGACUUGGGUUUUGUUUUUGUGUUUCUGACAUCUGGCACCUCUAUGUAUUGGAAAAGAGGAAGGCAUCUUUCCAUUCCCUGGGGCUUGAAAAAUCAUUCCCUUUGCAUUCCAAGCUCACUACCAAAUGAGUAAAACAUUGGCUGUGCAUUCUCCCAUAGACUCCCCUCCUCUGAACUUGGACAGACAGUGACGAGGGCAGUUAGACUGAAGGAAGAGAGUAAGAAUCGUUGCAUCCUAAUCCUAGUUAGAACAGUUAAUCAUCACCCCUACCCCAGCCCCAUAAUCUUAGAAGUAAGAUCCCUGGAGGUUUUAUUGAAAUAUUGUACACAUUUAAAGGUCUGUAAUGGUGCUUCAAGUGUCAAUGUAGCGUGUGAAAAACUUUGUACAGAAAGGUCCAAUUUCUGAGUGUUGAAAUGUGAUGACAGCACCGCUUUUACCUUUAACUUGAAAUCAAAACGUCAGAUUUUAUUUUUUUAUAAUUUAAGGACAGUGAAGUUAGGGGAUGAGAAUAUGUCUAAGUUAGCUUCUCCAGGUCUAAUCAUUCAAAUGUAACCAGUUUUUGGGGGUUUUAUAGCUAAAAUUAUAUUUGUGUAUAAAAUUAUUAACCAAUCUGUAAAUGGUAAUAAAUAUAUUUGCAAUGAAACGGUCCGU